GGGCAAAUUUUAUCCGCAAGACAGAUAGAGAUUAUCAUUAUCGAAUGAAUUGAGGUCCUUCUCUCAAAGCGAGUUCGCAAUCGUGUUGUUGUGUUGGGAAGAAUUAAGACCGAUUCGAUUUUUCUUCACCCACCAUCAAUGGCGGAAACUGAAAGUUAGGGUUUGAAAUAAACCCUACCAUAAUCAAUCGGUCAGAUAUCACACGUCCCCGACAAAAUCCAACUCAGAUACGGGGCCCACUUUCCCGUUCCCGAUCACUGCCGCCGAGUCCACCUCCAAAAGGACACGCCUCGAUUAAUAAAUUCACGAGCCAGGGAAGCAGUUGUUGUCGAUAAUCAAAUUGCAAAGUUGACCGCCCGCGAGGAGAGCGAGCAGAGAACGAUCGAUAGAAAGGGAUAUUUCCUUCCCGGCGUUUGCUGCUGAUUGUUUUUGUAGGAUUUUUAGGAUCAUGUCUGAAGGGGGGCUUUUCUCAACGUAUUCCUUCUGCAGCGAUUUGGCUGGAGUUGCAGGGAAUAUCUUUGCCCUUGUGCUCUUUGUAUCGCCGAUACCGACGUUUAGGAGAAUCGUAGGAAACCAAUCGACAGAGCAGUUUUCAGGAUUGCCUUACAUCUACGCUCUUUUAAACUGCUUAAUAUGUCUUUGGUAUGGCAUGCCUAUCAUUUCGCCCAGCAUUAUCUUAGUCGCCACAGUCAACUCAAUCGGAGCAGUUUUCCAGUUGGUUUAUAUCGUCAUAUUCAUCCUAUUUGCAGACAAACAGAAAAAGGUGAAAAUGCUGGGGUUGUUGCUGGCAGUUUUUGCAGUUUUUGCCAUCAUUAUCUUUGUUAGCUUAACAGUGUUCGAACAGCCAAGCCGGAGACUCUUUGUCGGAUACCUCUCUGUCUUUUCUCUCAUAUCCAUGUUCGCCUCCCCUCUGUUUAUAAUCAAUUUGGUGAUCCGAACAAAGAGCGUGGAGUACAUGCCGUUUUAUCUGUCUCUAGCGACGUUCUUGAUGAGUCUUUCUUUCUUCGCGUAUGGAAUGUUCAAAGAGGAUCCAUUUAUAUCUGUUCCUAAUGGGAUUGGAGCCAUACUUGGGACUGUUCAGUUGGUGUUGUAUUGCCAUUACAGCAGAGGUGCUGCUGAUUUGGGGACAAGGCCUUUACUUGGUUGAGUGAUGUUUAACCGGCUUUUGUUGUGUUGUUUAUUACAAUUCUUGAUUGUAAAAAAGCAUGAGUUAAUGUACUUUUAGUGUGCAUUUGUUGGUUGAUAGAGAGUGAGUCAACCUACUUCAUUACAUAACUUGUGUAAUGAAGCAUUCUUCAAGGGGUAGAAGAGGUGUGUUUGUUUGUAAACUUUUCUACCAAUUUUGAUGUUCUGAAUCAGUGAAUCCUGUUGUUUGUUGUUUAAA